AUGGAAUAUGGAUCAUGUACGAAAGACACUAUAUCUGCUACACCAAACUCUAUCAAUGUACAGGGUGUCACAACGGACCAUCCUAGCAAAAUACCUAUCGAUCCAUCCACUUUCUACUCCAGACCCUCCUUACCUUCCUUCAGACCAUCUCACAUACAAACUUCCACUCCUCAUACUCGUUCCACACCACACGUUCCUACUCCAAGUACGAUCGGCUCUACCCUUCCUCCUCCUCGACCAGCCUCAACUUCCCACAUCCCUGCUCGACGAAUAGACACCCCACAGGCUAUACCAUCUCCGAUCGACACACCUGGAUCGUCCACUUCCGCCGUGAUAGGCGGAGUAAAAGGUGUCAGAGGAUAUGGGAGUGGUGAAGGAGAAGGAAAAGGUAAAAGAGAUGACCCUUCCACCCCGAUGCCACUAGGUACAGCGAUUUUCAAUAAACUCAAAAGUAGACAAGAUUUUCAAGCGUUGACCAAACAUUUCGACAAGUUCACAAAAGAUUUCUCCAAAGUUACCUCAGAGGGUAAAGGAGAAAAGAUGGGAUCGAAGAAGAAGAUGAAAGGAAAAAUUGCUUCGGUGCUUUUGACGAAGGAAAAGGUUUUCGAAGGAUUGAGGUUUUGUUUUCCAUAUGAGGUGAACGGGGCUAGGAAGAAUAAGACAAGAUGGGAGAUUAUUGCACAGAUGGAAGGUCAAGUGACUAUUCAACCUGAUACAGCGAUUACUCAUGUCAUACAUGAUUCCGGUCGUUCUGCUUCGAUUUUGGCCAACUCGCUUGGAUUGAGAAGUUUGAGUGAAUUGCCGCAAGGGACGGUUUGUGUGAAAUGGGAUUGGGUCGCGCAAUGCAAAUUGGCCAAUCGACUCCUCGAUACUGAACAAUUCCUCAGUUUCCCUAAAAACACCUUGACUCGCAAUCCCGCCAUGUUGUCAAAAGCGCCAAGUAGGAUGACAGAUAUUUCAGAGCAACUUCGGGCAGGUCAAAUGAAAGGAAAGUCAUUGAGUAUAUCACGGUAUGUUUUCUUCAUCUGCCAAAGACCAUUCACCCAUCCCGACUUUGUCAAACCGUCAUACCAGCCGUUCUUUCUUGUUGAUCGUGUUGACAGCAUCAUGGAAGAAACCAUGGAUACGGAACAUGAUCUACCUUCUGGGCCGGGGUGGGAGGAUGUACCGGCUGAGGAAAGAGAUGGGUUGGAUGAAAUGAUUUCUGGUGUUAAAGGUGGGAUAGGGGUCAUUCCUGAGGUGAGCUUUACCGAUGCCGUUCCGAUUUUUUCCAAUCCUCAAGAAAUCAACACCCACACCAACCCUGACCCAUUGGCCAAUGUAUGGAGAUGUGGACAAUCAAACGACGGAAAUCCACUUGAAAGUCCAAAUGAACGGCUAGCUAAGAAAUUAGAUGAGAUGCACGAUUUGUAUCUUGGUCAAACGGAUAAAAACCCGUUUUCCGUCAGAGGUUAUAGACGUGCUGCUGCGGCAAUACGACGCACCAAAACCCCAAUUACCAGCGGCGCCCAAGCUCGUUCACUUCUUAUAGGGAUAGGUCAAGGUAUAGCAGAUCGGAUCGAUGAAUUUCUCACCGGAUCGAAAGGAAGGGAAUAUUACGAAAAUACCGAGAAAGCGAAAACGAUCAGUAUGUUUAAAGAUAUUUAUGGAGUUGGAAAAUCAUUCGCCAAUGAACUGUAUCGUCGUGGAGCUAGGACUAUAGAAGAUUUACGUGAGAAAGAGUACGGUUUGUCCAAAGGUCAAAAAAUCGGCGUCGAACUUUACUCCGAUUUGAUAUCUCGGAUCCCUCGAAAAGAGUGUAAACAGUUAUACGACCUGAUACGUUCUUCUGCACUUGACAUUGAUCCGAUGGUAUGGGUUGAAAUCAUGGGAUCUUAUCGUCGUGGUGGAGUUGAUUCUGGUGAUGUUGAUAUUUUGAUCACUAGGGAUGAUUCGGAUGGUAAGACUCAUAAAGGUUUGAUAAAGUCGUUAGUGAAUGAUUUGAGAAAAAAGGGUGUUAUAACGCAUGAGAUGUCAGCCCCGUCCGAUUGGUCAGCUCUUGAGACUAAAUGGAUGGGAGUUGGACGUGUCCCUGGUGGGAAAUAUAGACGUAUAGAUAUUUUAUGUAUUCCAUUCGAUCAAUGGGGAGCAGCAUUGAUUUAUUUCACAGGUAAUGAAAUUUUCAAUAGAAGUCUCAGGUUAUACGCUCGUAAAAAAGGUUUUUCGUUAAACCAACGUGGCCUAUAUACGGGUGUCAUGAGAGGUCCCGAUGGGAAUAAAAUAACUGAAGGUGAAGAGAUUGUGGUUUCCAAGACGGAAGAAGAUAUUUUCAAAAUACUUGGGAUCCGUUGGCGACAUCCACAUCAACGAAGGCCUUGA